CGGCUUUCUUAUACCAACAGCAACUAAAUAUAUAGUCUACAGUUAACCUGCAAAAACACCUCUAACAGUUCCAGCGUGUUGUAAAAUAAUUAAACGAGAUUCUUAAAAAUGUUUAUGGAUUUUUACCAUCGCUGAUACGUUUUAUGUCUCCAGAAUAUAUUUAUUUACAUUAAAAGCAAUAAUUCCAUCAGUAAAUAUUUGCUGAAAUGGCUGAAUAUCUAGCUUCUAUUUUCGGUACUGAAAAGGACAAAGUAAAUUGUUCUUUUUAUUUCAAAAUCGGAGCGUGUCGUCACGGUGAUAGAUGUUCAAGGAUUCACAACAAACCAACUUUUAGCCAGACAUGCUUACUCCAAAACCUUUACGUCAACCCUCAAAACUCUGCUAAAAGUGCUGACGGUUCUCACUUGGUAGCCAAUGUCUCCGAUGAAGAAAUGCAAGAGCAUUAUGACAAUUUCUUCGAAGAUGUAUUUGUCGAGUGUGAAGACAAGUAUGGAGAGAUUGAAGAAAUGAAUGUUUGCGACAAUCUUGGUGAUCACCUUGUUGGAAACGUUUACAUAAAAUUCCGCCGUGAAGAAGAUGCUGAGCGAGCUGUUAAUGAUUUGAACAACCGUUGGUUCGGUGGACGUCCAGUUUAUGCUGAAUUAUCACCUGUAACUGAUUUUCGCGAAGCUUGCUGUAGACAGUAUGAAAUGGGAGAAUGUACCCGAUCAGGAUUCUGCAACUUCAUGCACUUGAAGCCCAUCUCCCGCGAGCUGCGCCGUUACUUGUACAGCCGCAAGAAGGGAGGAAAACGUUCUCGCAGUCGCUCACGAUCACGCGGCCGAGAACGCAAGCACAAGUCGCGGUCCCGCGAACGUCGAUCUCGCUCCCGAGACCGCCGGAAGGGUGGUCGCGAAAGUCGCGAAGACAGAGGACGUGAUGGUCGAUCAGGAAGAUACUGAACAUUCUUUUUUAUCAAUGGGGUUCUUAUCGGAAAAUUUUAUUGUCCCAGAACAGUAACAUCAAUUUUUUUAUAAAACUUAAUGUAUUCUUAUGCUAUUAUAAAUUCAGUAACAAAUAGAAAUAAAAAAUCCCGAAUUUUUGUGAAA